AUGGCGGCAAUGGAGACUGAGGCAGCCCCGCUGACCCUAGAAUCGCUGCCCACGGACCCGCUUCUCCUCAUCUUAUCCUUCUUGGACUACCGCGAUCUAAUCAAUUGUUGCUAUGUCAGCCGAAGACUUAGCCAGCUAUCAAAUCAUGAUCCGCUGUGGAGAAGACAUUGCAAAAAGCACUGGCUUAUCUCUGAGGAAGAGAAAACACAGAAGAAUCAAUGUUGGAAGUCUCUCUUCAUAGACACGUAUUCUGACGUGGGAAGAUACAUUGACCAUUAUGCUGCCAUUAAAAAGGCCUGGGAUGAUCUCAAGAAAUACUUGGAACCCAGGUGUCCACGAAUGGUUUUAUCUCUGAAAGAGGGCGCUCGAGAGGAAGACCUGGAUGCUGUGGAAGCUCAGAUUGGUUGCAAGCUUCCUGAUGACUAUCGAUGUUCAUACCGUAUUCACAAUGGACAGAAGUUAGUUGUUCCUGGGUUGUUGGGAAGCAUGGCGCUGUCUAAUCACUAUCGUUCUGAGGACUUGUUAGACGUUGAUACAGCUGCCGGAGGAUUCCAGCAGAGACAGGGCCUGAAAUAUUGUCUCCCUUUAACUUUUUGCAUACACACUGGUUUGAGUCAGUACAUAGCAGUGGAAGCUGCAGAAGGCCGAAACAAAAAUGAAGUUUUCUACCAAUGUCCAGACCAAAUAGCUCGGAAUCCAGCUGCUAUCGACAUGUUUAUUAUAGGUGCUACUUUUACUGACUGGUUUACCUCUUAUGUCAGCAACGUUGUAUCAGGUGGCUUCCCUAUCAUCAGAGACCAAAUUUUCAGGUAUGUACAUGAUCCAGAGUGUGUUGCAACAACUGGGGAUAUUACAGUUUCGGUUUCCACAUCGUUUCUACCAGAACUUAGCUCUGUACAUCCUCCCCACUAUUUCUUCACAUACCGAAUCAGGAUUGAAAUGUCCAAGGAUGCACUUCCUGAGAAGGCUUGUCAGUUGGACAGUCGCUACUGGAGAAUAACAAAUGCUAAAGGUGAUGUCGAAGAAGUUCAAGGACCUGGAGUCGUUGGUGAAUUUCCAAUCAUCAGCCCAGGUCGGGUAUAUGAAUAUACAAGUUGUACUACGUUCUCUACAACAUCAGGAUAUAUGGAAGGAUACUAUACCUUCCAUUUUCUUUACUUUAAAGAAAAGAUCUUUAAUGUUGCCAUUCCCCGAUUCCAUAUGGCAUGUCCGACAUUUAGGGUGUCUAUAGCCCGAUUGGAAAUGGGUCCUGAUGAAUAUGAAGAGAUGGAAGAGGAAGAAGAGGAGGAAGAAGAAGAAGAUGAUUCAGGAGAUAUGGAUGAGUCAGAUGAAGAAGAUGAGGAGGAGAGACGGAGGAGAGUCUUUGAUGUUCCCAUUCGUCGACGCCGCUGCUCUCGCCUUUUUUAGCAAGGCUUCUGCUCAUGGAAGCACUGGGAUGAACCCAGCCUGUUAAAUAGAUUUAUCAAUAAUGUCAAUAACUAAAUUGUUUUCAGCAUAUAACAGGAAAACUAGCAUGAAAUAUUGCUCCAGGCCCUGAGUUCUGUGUGGCACUACGUUAGGAAUUGGAUUGUUU